CCAUACAGGUAACUCAGGGGGAAAAAAUAGCGAGCAGUGAAAAAAACCUCCGGGGCUUGCUAUGGAGUGCGUGUAAAAGCAACACGGAUUUCCACCCUUCUUCUUUACCAGUUAAACCAGUAUCUCUGGAUAGAACAUUCUCAAGUUUUGGAACAGGUAGAGUCUUUGAACAAAAACUCUCGUGUCUCCUUUGAAAAAUAAUCUCUUUUCUGUCUCCCGUUUACUUACGAUUGAGUUUCCAGAUCUUUUGUUCGCUCUACUUAUCACUUGGAAAAAGGUGAACCCUCGUGUUAUUUUUAUUUGAUCUUUGCUUUAAUUGUAGUUUUUACCCUUGUGGUCCCUGAUGGCUUCGCACAGUGAUACUCUGGUGGUGUUCUUUGGGGCAACAGCUGGUGCAAAUGGGGGUAAACUGGGUUCGGAUGAAAGGGAAAUAAUUCUCUUGGUGUGGCAAAUUGUGGAUCUACAUGAGAAAAAGGUCGGCAAACUUCAUAGAUGUCUCGUCAAGCCAGACACUUUGGAGUUGACAGACGAGUGUAAGGAAGAGACGGACCUGAUUGUGGACGACCUCACCAAGGCCGACCCCCUGGACAAGGUUCUGCAACAGUUCCAGCAGUCCGUGCAGGCAGAGUUGGAGGAUCUUGGCAGGAAUUCCUUCACACUCUGUGUUGACGGCCCCCAGGUCAUCCGACAGGCCCUCCACCCGGAAGCGUCCAAAAAGAACCUCGUGCUCCCGGAAUGUUUCUUUUCGUUCGUGGACCUGCAGAAGGAGUUCCACAAAUGCUGCCCAAACGCCGGCCCUGGGGAGGACCUCAAUAUCUCCUCCAUGCUGGAGUACCUGGGUCUUUCAAAAGAGCACGUGUCAGAGCACGCGUCCGGGCUGCUCGAUGUGAGGAACAUGGUUCAGCUGGCACUCCACAUCAUGGCAGAGCCUCUCAACCACCGAUUCUCCUGCUUUGAGUCGGUGAAGUACAAGUUUGAGUCGGGCACAUGCAGCAAGACAGAUCCGGUAGACAGUGAGACUGUGAUCCGAGCACGGGGCCUUCCAUGGCAGUCCUCAGACCAGGACAUAGCCCGCUUCUUCAAAGGCCUCAACAUCGCCAAAGGAGGGGUGGCCCUGUGUCUGAACGCACAGGGCAGGAGGAACGGGGAGGCGUUGGUUCGCUUCGUGAACGAGGAGCACCGGGACCUGGCCUUGGAGCGCCACAAACACCACAUGGGUAGCCGCUACAUCGAGGUAUACAAGGCAACCGGGGAGGAAUUCCUUAAGAUCGCUGGAGGCACAUCCAACGAGGUGGCCCAGUUCCUGUCCAAGGAGAACCAGGUGAUCAUCCGCAUGAGGGGGCUCCCCUUCACGGCUACGCCCCAGGACGUGCUCUCCUUCCUGGGCCCCGAGAGCCCCGUGACGGACGGCGCCGAGGGCCUGCUCUUCGUCAAGUACCCCGACGGCCGGCCGUCGGGCGACGCCUUUGUGCUGUUCUCCUGUGAGGAGUACGCCCAGAACGCCCUGCGCAAGCAUAAGCAGAUCCUGGGGAAGAGGUACAUCGAGCUGUUCCGGAGCACCGCCGCCGAGGUGCAGCAGGUGCUGAAUCGCUACAUGUCAGCACCGCUGAUCUCCACGCUGCCGCCGGCGCCCAUUUUGCCAGUUAUGGCCACGCCCCCCUUCCUGGCCACGGCCAACACGCGGGACUGCGUGCGCCUGCGUGGCCUGCCCUACACGGCCGCCAUCGAAGACAUCCUGGAGUUCAUGGGGGAGCACACGGUGGACAUCAAGCCGCACGGAGUCCACAUGGUUCUCAACCAGCAGGGCCGUCCCUCGGGCGACGCCUUCAUCCAGAUGAAGUCCUCUGACAAGGCCUUCAUGGUGGCCCAGAAGUGCCACAAGAAGACCAUGAAGGACCGCUACGUGGAGGUGUUCCAGUGCUCCACGGAGGAGAUGAGCAUCGUGCUGAUGGGAGGGACCCUCAACCGCAGCGGCCUCUCUCCCCCGCCCUGCAAGCUGCCCUGUCUCUCCCCCCCCACCGCCUACGGAGCCUUCCCCAGUCCGGCCAUGUUGUCGGAGGCGGGGCUCUACCAGCCCCCCCUGAUGGCGUCCCCCCGACCUCAGCCCCAGCACAGCGGCCACUCGCCCACCCCCGCCCUGGCCUACUACCCCCCCCAGCCCCACCUCUACAUGAACAUGAACUACACUGCCUACUAUCCCAGCCCCCCGGUCUCUCCCUCCACGGUGGGCUACUUCGCCGCCCCCCCCGGCGCCAUGGCCUCGGCGGUGUCCCAGUCCCACCACCCGGGCAGCGCGGCCGCCGCCGCCGCCCACGCCCACCACGCCCACGCGGCCGCCGCCGCCGCCGCCCACGCCCACCACGCCCACCCUGGCUCCUCCCCCAUGAUGGCGUCAGCCCACGGCUCCCUGGUGCGCAUGCAGGGGCUGCCCUACAGCGCCGGGGUCAAAGACAUCCUCAGCUUCUUCCAGGGCUACCAGCUUCCACCAGAGGGCGUCAUUGUCCUGUACAACCUCAGUGGCCAGUGCAGUGGUGAGGCACUCGUAGCCUUCCCUAGCGAGGAGCUGGCUGGGCAGGCUGUGCUGGAGCGCUCCCACCACCUCCUCUAUGGCCACCCCAUCCGCCUGGCCUUCUGUACCUGACCCCCCCCCCCCAUUCUUCCACAAACCCCCCUAACCCCCACGCUAGCUAUCAUCGCCAUGGGGAUCCAUCCAGCGGUUUCCCGUGACCCGCCUUCUGUCGCUCCAAGUCUGCUUUCUCCCAGUGUACGAUGUACGUAAAGUACUAGAACUUUUGUUUCAUUUCAAAUGUUAGCCAGACAGAACUUGCUGUAAGCCCAACCAGAACCAUCGCUUGAACACGUUGGUCCGAUAUCAAGAGUUUUGGUCCGAUAUCAAGAGUUUUGGUCCGAUAUCAAGAGUUUUGGCUAUCUUGUCCUUCGGGGUCGGAGAGGGAUGUGACCGGUGGCCAUUUUGUCUGUUGCUUGGAAUUUAUAACAAAAGGACAAUUUGCAUGAAUUUCACUGGCGGUGCACACUAGAGACCGAUGUCAGCGUCUAGGAUUUAAAUAUGAAAAGAUUAUGAUACUAAAACCAUAGUCCUUUUGGAAACCGCCCCUCUGCUUUGAAAGGCCAUAUCUUUAGUUAGUGUUUUGCAGUGUGACUCUUGGCCAUGCAAAAAAAAUUCUAUGCUUACUUAUUUUCUGUCUUCCAAGCUUUGAGCUCCAUGUAUGUGCCUGUAAUUUGCUAAUAUAUAACAGUUAUGUGCCUUCGAUUUUGAUACAAGUACCGCAAGGACUUCCUGUACAGCCAAUGAAAAAAGCCAUAUCGUCCACUUCGGAUUUGUACUACUGACCUAGCCAGUGGAGGGAAUGCAAGUGUCUUGAGCUAGCUUCAAGUUCACCUAGCCCCGUUUCCCCUUGGGUGGAGUGUCUGAAUGCUGUAUAAUUGUUUUUGUUUCUUUAUGUUCUGCUUGAUGUAAAAAGCAUUGACGUAUGGCAUACUGCCAUCCAAAUUAGACCAAUAAGCACUGUAGUUGUAAACAAAGGGAACCAACUGUUGACUCGUAUGGCGCAAUCAAUCGAUUCUAUUAUUGGAUGGAUUGUUCUUUGCAGAAGUGGAGUUUUUGUGUUUAUUUAAAUGUGAAAGUACGGAGACAUAUCCAGAGAUGGUUGAACUUGGCCACGCCUCUUCUGUUCAUUGUGUCUAUUUAUGUAGAUUCAAAUUGUACCGCACUCUAGAUCCAUAUCUGCGUUUUGGCAAAACAAAAAACAUGCGUAUAGCUGUGUAUGAUGCUACUGAUGUGUUCCAAGGAUGCAGAUCAUGUUUAUUUUUUUGUUUCCUUGUCUUUUCUGUGACUACAAUCCCAGAGUGCAGUACUGGCCCGCAUAUGCGGCUCGGCUGAUCUCUGGUGGCAAGAGAGAGUGGAUUUUGUUUUCUUGGGCACAAGUUUGGGACUUGUUCAGAUAAGAGUUUAGAAGUGUAUAAAAAAAAUUAACAAUAAAGAUGUGAUAUCAAUUU